AUGGGGAAAGAGAACAAAAAUAAGGCAAAAGAAGUAAAAGAAUUCGGGGAAAUUGAUACAAGAAAGAAAGUGAUGGGCACCGGUCUUAGGGAUUCUACUUUCUCAAGAUUAGGUCCUGUUCAAAACGUUGGUCCUAGUCAGGGUAUCGGUUCUGAUAAAGCUAGACAUAGCCACACCGGUCCUAGAGCUUCUCAUAAUGCUACCAUACUUAUCCAUAUUGACCAUAUUAAGUAUGGUCCUGGACUUACUAAUCCUGAUACUACUCAAGCUACCGGACUUGCUACUACCGCUCUUGAUGAAAAAGGUGCAACCAUUGUUGGUCCCGACUAUAUUGGUCCUGAUACUAGCACAAGUCCUGUUAUUGUGGAUGAUAUUAUUUGCGUUUCAUCAUCUUGCUUUGUUGAUAGCGUCAAUGGAGUCCAUAAAGGGUAUUUCAAGGGGGGAAACGGGGGUGAUGAUGUGAUUGAUUGUGUUAACAUUAAUAAUCAACUUGCAUCCAACCAUCGUCCUAUAGAUGAUAAUACUAAAGAUUUAGAGACGGAACGUAGCUCUUACCCCGUUGAAAUCAAAAUGGAGUCAACAUCCAAUGGAGAAUUAUCUCAAGGAUGGCAAAAAUACGGAAAAUGCCCAGAAGGAACUGUUCCCAUUAGAAGGAGUACAAAUUCUAUCACUCGUAAACACCCUUCGCCUCAUUUCAAUAGUAGCUUAUUUGUAGGCAUUGACGAACAGGUGCACGAGUACGCUAUAGUCAAAAGUGUUGGUCGCUUAUUUGGAGCAAGUGCAACGUUUACGGUAUGGAAACCUGAAGUCGAACAUAAUGAAUUUAGUCUAGCUCAAAUAUGGAUUAGUUCGGAAAAUGAUGAAAACAUGAAUACCAUUGAAGUCGGAUGGAUAGUUUCUCCAAGAAGAUAUGGUGAUGAUCAACCAAGAUUAUUCACAUUUUGGACAAGAGAUGGUUACAAUACUACAGGUUGUUAUGACCAUGAUUGCGCUGGAUUUGUACAAAUUGAUUUCAGCAUUCAGCUUGGUCAACCCAUUUUUCCUUCCACUCUUGGAGGGCAAUUAACUUUCCUAACAAUUAUGGUCUACAAGGAUUAUGGUGAGGAUGGACACUGGUGGCUAUAUGUAAAUGGUAUUAUCAUAGGAUAUUUUCCUAAGAAUCUCUUCACUUCAUUGAGUGAAUAUGCUGAUAGAGUGGAUUUUGGUGGAGAGAUUCUUAAUAAGGAAAAUGAAGGUCACCACACAACUACUCAAAUGGGAAAUGGACUAUAUGCCCAUGAAAAUGGAACAAGUACUGUAUCUGAAAUUAAAGUUUAUGACCAAUACCGAAAUCCAGUUGAAGAAUUGCAUGAAGUUUUUAUCACAGAUAGUCCAUGUUAUGGUUUACUUGUUUUUGGUAAUUCUAUAUUUUACGGAGGACCCGGUUAUUCUGCAAUCUGUCCUUAA